AUGCCUCCUAAAAAGAAACAUGUUGUUAAAGUACAAGUCACCAAACCUCAAUUGACAGAAAAUGACGUUUCAAUAAAAAAAGAUGAACAAGUUCAUCACACAUAUAAUACAAGAACAAAUAGAAAACACACAAAAAAACUUCAUGUUGUUAUGGAUAAAAACGAUGAGCUAAUAGCAUAUGACGAAGAUAGUUUUCAAGAGGAUAUUACUAAUCAAAAAGAAAGUCAUUACCAAAUAAAGAAAAAUCUUCAUGACAUUAGUUCUUCACAUCAAAUAGUAAAAAAAUUUGAUGAAGGUGAAAUAAAAAGAAAACAUAUUCCAGUUGAUACAUCUGUUGAACAACAACCAAUUAAAGGAAUUAUGAUUUGUUGUUAUGGAACAACAAUUGAUAUUCCAAAAGAAAUAGAAAAUAAAGAAUUUAAUUCAUUAACAUCAUAUGUUGUUUAUUCAUCGGGUAAAAUUAAUAAAGAUGUUGUUGAAAAAUGUGGAAUAAACAAUAUUCCAAUUGUGUCUGAACAAUGGCUUAUUGAUACAAUUAAAUCAACAACAAUAAAAGAUCCAUACGCAUAUCUUGUUCCAAUAGAUAAAUUAGAUAUUGAUGAAGAAAUAAAAAGAGUUGAAAUAUCAAAUAAGGAUAGUCGAAAAAAGAGAAUAAUUGAUUUACUUCACUAA